AUAACAGUCAAUAUUCGUAUUAAAAAAACACCCAAGUGGCCACACUAUGCAUUAAUAAAGAAAAUACAAACAGCUGAUUGGCAUUAUCACUACUGGAAUACAAAACACUAAUAUCACAGUUAUGAACCUUUUUCGAAGUGCUACUUUAACAUUACGCUCGGCUCAAUUGCACAGAAUGUCUGCAACACCACAAACCGCACCAAUUGAGUCGGCAAUACGACUGGCACUUACGGAGCAAUUAGCGCCAUUGCACUUGGAAGUGAUCAACGAAUCCUAUAUGCACAAUGUACCAAAAGGCGCGGAAACCCAUUUCAAAGUGUUGGUGGUAUCUGAUAAAUUCGAGGAACUUUCUUUGAUAAAGCGUCAUCGUUUAGUGAACUCAAUUGUGCAAGAUAAAUUGGCUGGUAAUUUUGUACACGCGCUAUCUAUAGAGGCUAAAACACCCAAACAGUGGGAUCCUAAUUACACCGUAGAACCUAGUCCAAAUUGCCUUGGCGGCUUUGGCAAAUAAGCAACAACGCAGCUGUUUUACACUGUUAAAAUCUUUUUAGUUUUGGAUAAUUAUAAAUUCAAUAUAAAUUAAUAGAAAAUCAAAUAACAAUACAA